CACCAACGGCUGGCAGUACUUGCCAGUCGAGCGGAGUCCGCUCGCCUGCUAGCACUGGAACGUGACUUCUCUCAAUAACUUACUUUCAGUUUUCCGCGAGUACAUAUUAAGUUUCGUUUACUUAUUUAUUCUAAACAAAAUAAAUGAUAGCCAGAUAGUUUACUCAGUGGAUAACAAAGUGUGAUAUAAGAUGGUUGGCGGUACGAAAGCGAGUAUAGCUCGCAUUUGCCUUUUGCUGACUUUUCUGGGAACUGGACGUUCGCAGUCUAUCUCCGACCCUACUUAUAAUCCAGAUGAAGUGUCAACGAAUUUGGGUGAAGUCGAGUCCAGGGAGAAUGGCCCAGAUCUGGAAUUCCGGUACCACGACCAUGAUCAAAUGACCAGAUACUUGCGAUCCGUGUCUGCGAGAUACCCGGCCCUGACAGCGCUUUAUUCCAUUGGGAAAUCCGUACAAGGCCGAGAUCUAUGGGUGAUGGUGGUGUCCGCGUCUCCAUACGAGCACAUGAUUGGAAAACCUGAUGUUAAGUACGUCGGCAACAUUCACGGAAACGAAGCCGUCGGUCGCGAGCUACUACUACAUCUUAUUCAAUACCUCGUGACAUCUUAUGACACCGACCCGUACAUAAAAUGGUUGCUGGACAAUACUAGAAUCCAUUUGAUGCCGUCCAUGAACCCAGACGGUUUCGCUAUUUCGAAAGAAGGACAAUGUGAUAACACCUAUGGAAGGCAUAACGCUCGUCGCUAUGACUUGAACAGAAACUUCCCAGACUUCUUCAAGGCUAACACUAAGCAGCCUCAGCCGGAGACUGAAGCCAUCAAGGAGUGGAUUAGCAAGAUCCAGUUUGUGCUCUCCGGGUCACUGCACGGUGGCGCUCUCGUCGCAUCAUAUCCCUUCGACAACACGCCCAGUGCCAGAAUUUGCAGAUCAUCAGUUCUAUGUUCGGUUUUCCAAAGUUAUGCGCACACGCCUUCGAUCGCUCCGGACGACGAUGUGUUCCGUCACCUGUCGCUAGUGUACUCCAACAACCACGCCAAGAUGUCCCGCGGAGUAUCUUGCAAACAAGGCUCGCCAAAGUUCGACAAAGGCAUCACUAACGGAGCGGCUUGGUACCCUCUUACAGGCGGCAUGCAGGACUACAACUACUUGUGGCAUGGAUGUAUGGAGAUUACGUUAGAAAUCUCGUGCUGCAAAUAUCCCCCGGCACACGAGCUACCCAAGUACUGGCAAGACAACAAACAGUCCCUGAUAAAGUACUUGGCCGAAGCGCAUCGUGGAGCGCACGGUUUCGUGAUGGACGAGAAUGGCAACCCUGUAGAACGCGCCGCCAUCAAAGUGAAAGGUCGUGACGUCACGUACCACACCACCAAGUAUGGAGAGUUCUGGCGUAUACUUCUGCCCGGAACCUACAGGAUUGAUGUUUCUGGCGAAGGAUAUCUUCCACAAGAAGUAGAGUUCAUCGUCAUAGACAGCCACCCCACUUUAUUGAAUAUCACUCUACAUUCAGCUAAGCGCAUAGAUGGCGGGCCUUACUACCGGCCGGUGGCGCUUCCUCCGCGUGUUCCCGUGGCGCCCCCUGCUUCGCCCGGCAUCUUCGCAUCCCUCAGCAACUCUUUUAACAGCAUAGUUUCUAAUAUAUUCGGAUAAACACUAAGUUAUACACCUAAUACUGGCGUAUAAGUUAAAUCGCGUUUAUUUAUUUCAAAUGUUAGUAUUGUUCAACUUCAAGCAACUGAUUUACAUGGAGUAGAGUAGAAAUUGUUUGUACGGCCAAGAUGGCGAACUGAAUAAAUUAAUUAACACAAAAUGUCUAAUGUCUAAAGUAUAGAUAUAUAAAGUAUAGUAGUAAGAAAUAUCAGGUAUCCUGAUUGUCAACACGUCAACAUUAGACAAACAAAUAUUUGUAGUUAUAGAUCAGAAUAAGAACAUGAUGAAUUCGUGAACGAAAGUUUACACGUUUAGGUAUUUCUACAGAGGUAGUGCAUUUAAUAGGUACUUAUUUAACAUAGUUUAGGAAUUCGAAAAUUCGUUCCGUAAGACUUAUUAUUAUUGCAUAUAACUAGAUCCAAUUGGAUUAAAUAGAAUUUGAAAUUUCGUUCCAUAAAACUUAUUGUUUUUGGAUAUAACUAGAUCCGAUUGGAUUAUAAAUAAUUUGAAUAUUCGUUCCAUAAGACUUAUUGUUAUCAAGUAUAACUAAAUGCAAUUGGAUUAAAAACUGUUUAAGACAGUGUAGCUGUGUGCUGUGUAGCUGUUGAAGUAACUUUAUUAGGUUCCCUUCUUAUUUACGUAAUUAUUUAUUAUUAUGCUAAGUGAUUGAGCAAAAUAGAUGAAAGUACGAUCAUAAUUUCGCAUUUAAGUAUCUAACUACUUAUUUGUAACAAAAUCUCAGAAAUAUUAGUAUUAUUAAUAAGGAAACUGUAAAUACAAAAUAGUAGAUAAGAUUAUAAAAUAAAAAACUAUAAAUUUAAAA